AUGGAGGAAGAAUUUCUUACUAUUGCUAUGAAACCGACAUUUUGUCGCAUUUGUGCUGAAGUGUGUGCCGAACAAUACUGUAUUUACGAAACUGUUUACAAGGAUGAUACGCUAAGCAUGCAUAUGAUGAUGGAAAAGUUAGUUCCCUCCGUGUUCAAUACGGAACAAGUGAAGGUGGAUGAGUUCAUGUGCUGGCCAAGGAAAAUUUGUGCAGAAUGUACCAGCAAGGUGCUGGACGCGUAUGAUUUAUAUGAACAGUGUAUGAAGAGUGGUGAUCUACUGCGAGAAUGUUUGUCUCGAAAAACGGAAACUUUCAUAAUCGAAGAUAUGUACGAGGAUGUGAAGCAAGACUUCGUUAUUGAUAGUUCUCCUGAGCAGGAACACAUCUGUUCAGAUAAUGAAACUAAUGAACAAACGCCACCAGCUCAAAGGCCACCGGUUAAAAGAGUUCCUCGUAAAUUGCGUGUGGAAGCGCGCGAGGAUAUUAUAGUGGAUAAAAUAGAAUCAGACAUAAUAGAAGAACGUAUCGCCAUAUCAACCGAUGAAGACGUGCAUCACUCAGAUGGUAGUGAGAAACAUUCUCCAAAUGAGUGCAAAAAGAAAUCACGCAAAACUUCCGCACGACAGAAACAAGCAUCAAGCAAACGCAGUUCUGCUGCUGGCAUCGGAAAAACGCCGAAGGGUAAAAAACGAGCUACGCGAAAGGUUCAAGAACCAAACGAACAAAAUUUAGAUGAAUCGAAGGAACCGGAAACAAAGGUAGAUAUAUACCGUUGUUUGCUAUGCAACGAAUCGACAUACUCCUCGCCGAAGGAACUUACGGAUCACUUGAAAGCGGAACAUCCCGAUCAGAUUCACUGUUGCGCACAGUGUCCGAAGGUGUUCAUGACUAAGGCGGCCUUUGAGCAUCAUCAGUACUGCCAUGCUACUGGCCGAUCAUACUUCUGCAUGUUUUGCGACAAAGGGUUUCAGACAGAGCAGCUGCUCAAGAAUCACGUAAGAACUCACACACACAGCACAGGGUUUUUGUGUUCCCAUUGUGGUCAGGAGUUUAGCAACCGAAGUAAUCUUCGUCAACAUCUGAUACGUCAUACCGGCGAUAAACCAUGGCAAUGUACCUUGUGUCCGAGCCGCUUCAGCAUGAAAAGUUAUUUGGACAGACAUCAACAUACUCACACGAAAGCUAAAUACUUUAGUUGUGACACGUGCGGAUCGCAAUUCAGCCGACAUUACUCAUUGGUAAAACAUCAGCUUAUUCACAAGGGCGAUCGUUACUUUACCUGCGAGGUUUGCAAUAUGAGGUUCACCUCAAGCCAUCACGUGAAACGACAUAUGCUAACGCACACGGGAGAAAAACCAUUCAAAUGUACAUACUGUGAGCGCAGCUUUACGCAAAGCAAUGACAUGGUAAAGCACAUGAAAACGCACGUUGGUAACAAUCCGUACCAGUGCGAUCGUUGCGAUGCAUCAUUCCGGCUGCUCACGGACCUGCGCAAUCACUACAAGGAUCAUUGUCAGUCGGGCAGUAAAGAUGCGCUUUCCGGCGAGGAGGAUAAAAACAUACGCUUCACCAGCACGAAUAUUUUGAAAAUUCGAUUCGAAAAGGAAAUGAACCAGCUGAUCGACAAGAUUCCCACCAUCGUAAACAUAGUAAAAACGAUGGAGAGUACAAAUUCUGAAGACCAGAGCUUGACCAUACAACUAACAUUCUGUCGUAUUUGUGCUGUGCUAAACACCGACGAGUAUGGCAUCUAUGAACUCGAUUACAAUAACGGAACAUCAAAUAUGCAUAUGAUGCUGGAAAAGUUAGUUCCCUCGGUAUUCAACGCGGAACAAGUGAAGGUGGAUGAAUUAAUGGGGUUUCCAAGAAAAAUUUGCAGAGGAUGUAAAGGCAAGGUACUGGAGGCGUAUGCCCUGUACGAGAUGAGCAUGAAGAGCGGUGAUCUGCUGAGGAAAUGCUUAUCGAGCAAGAAAAAAACAACAUUUAUCGUCAAUAUAACAGGUGGUUCUAUGGAAACAUCGGAUGCGCAGACAAGUUGCCCACAACAAUUUAAGCAAGUUCCAGUCAGGAUUUGGAGAAAAUCACAGGAAAGUAUCGUUGAUGUUACAUCGGAGCAAAUUGUACCAAAAGAUGCUUACCGUAAGGAACACACUAAUGGGGACACGUGUCCGCUUCCCGUCGAUGAUCACGCAACUCCAUCGGAAAUCGAAGAUCAACCAUCGUACUCUUGCGAAGAAAAUGAUACAAUAUCAUCUUCCAAAGUGAAUGACGAAACCUAUGAGAUAAAACCACCGAGAAAGCGUGUGGUUGUAAAAAGACAAACGAAAGCAGAAAAACGAAACGAAUUCGUUCAACAAGCGUCGUACUCUGAUGAGGAAAAUGGUACAAUAUCGUGUUCUAAUGUAAAAUAUGCAAGUAACGAAACAAAACAACCAACAAAACGUAUGGUUGCAACAAGGCAAAUAAAAAGAGAAAGGCGAAGCGAAUUCGUUGAUCAAACACCAUACUCAGGUGAGGAAAAUGAGCCAAUAUCCUCUUCUCAAGUAAAUGACGAAACUUACAAGAUAAAACAACCGAUAAAACGUGUGGCUACAAAAAGGCAAACUAAAGCAAACAAAAACAAUGUGCCACGGGCAGGACAGAAUACAGCUAGUGUUGCUUCCGAAGAAUCUGGCGAACCGGGUAUUAAAGUAAAUCAAUUGCGUUGUUUGCUAUGCAACGAAUCAACCUAUGCUUUACCGAAUGAACUAACGGAACACUUGAAAACGACGCACGCGGAUCAGAUACAAUGUUGCGAGCAAUGUCCGAAGGUGUUCAUCACUAAGACGGCCUUUGAACAUCAUCAGUAUUGUCAUGCUACUGGACGAUCGCAUUUCUGUGUGUUUUGCGACAAAGGGUUCCAAACGGAGCAGUUGCUUAGGAACCAUCUGAAAACCCAUACGGACGGGACAGGCUUUUUGUGUUCGCAGUGCGGUAAAGAGUUUAGGGACCGAAGCAAUCUUCGGCAGCACGAGUAUCGUCACACUGGCCACAAACCAUGGCAAUGCAAUUUGUGUCCGAGUCGUUUCAGUACAAAAGGUUAUCUAACGGUGCACUUGUUAACACAUUCGAAACAUAAAGCAUACAGCUGCGAUACGUGCGGUUCCCAGUUUAAUAGACACUACUCGCUCGUGAAACACCAGGUCAUUCAUACGGGUGUGCGUCAUUAUGAAUGUGAGGUUUGCAAAACGAGAUUCGCUUCAGCGCACCACGUUAAAAUCCAUAUGCGCACACAUACGGGCGAAAAACCCUACAAAUGUGGCUGCUGUGAUCGAGGCUUUGCACAGAAAAACGAUAUGCUGAAGCACAUGAAAACCCACGGGCAACCGUAUCCUUGUGGACAUUGCGAUGCUUACUUUGACGUGGUAGCGGACUUACGGAUACACUUGAAAGUGCACGAACGGGAAGGAAAGCCGGAAAAAGAGCGUACAUCUGUGGAACAAUGA